AUGGUAGCCCAACAACAAGGAAAGUUCACGGUGGGCGACUACCUCGCCGAGCGUCUUGCUCAGGUCGGCGUCCGCCAUCACUUUGUCGUCCCCGGCGACUACAACCUCAUCCUCCUCGACAAGCUACAAGCUCACCCGGAUCUCAAAGAGGUUGGUUGCGCCAACGAGCUCAACUGCUCUCUUGCCGCCGAAGGCUAUGCCCGUGCCAACGGCAUCUCCGCCUGCGUUGUCACUUACAGCGUUGGUGCCCUCUCGGCCUUCAACGGCACCGGCAGUGCCUACGCAGAGAACCUCCCCUUGGUCCUCAUCAGCGGCUCGCCCAACACCAACGACCCCAGUCAAUAUCACAUCCUUCACCAUACCCUCGGCCACCCGGACUACACCUACCAGUAUGAGAUGGCCAAGAAGAUUACCUGCUGCGCCGUGGCCAUACCCCGCGCCAUCGAUGCACCCCGCCUGAUCGACCGUGCCCUCCGCGCCGCUAUCCUUGCCCGGAAGCCCUGCUACAUCGAGAUCCCCACCAACCUCGCCGGAGCUACCUGCGUGCGCCCCGGCCCCAUCAGCGCCAUCACCGACCCCAUCACCAGCGACAAGAGCGCUCUUGAGGCCGCCGCCAAGUGCGCUGCCGAGUACCUCGACGGCAAGCUCAAGCCCGUCAUCCUGGUUGGCCCCAAAGCUGGCCGUGCCGGUUCCGAGAAAGAGCUCAUCGAGUUCGCCGAGGCCAUGGGCUGUGCUGUUGCCCUGCAACCUGCCGCCAAGGGCAUGUUCCCCGAAGACCACAAGCAGUUCGUCGGCAUCUUCUGGGGACAAGUCAGCUCCGAUGCCGCAGAUGCCAUGGUGCACUGGGCCGACGCCAUGAUUUGCGUCGGCGCUGUCUUUAACGACUACAGCACGGUCGGAUGGACUGCCGUGCCCAACAUCCCGCUCAUGACCGUCGAUAUGGAUCAUGUCACCUUCCCCGGCGCACACUUCAGCCGCGUCCGGAUGUGCGAAUUCCUCAGCCACCUGGCCACCCAGGUCACCUUCAACGACUCCACCAUGAUCGAGUACAAGCGCCUCAAGCCCGACCCCCCGCACGUGCACACGGCCGAACGCGAGGAGCCGCUCUCGCGCAAGGAGAUCUCGCGACAGGUGCAGGAGAUGUUGACGGACAAGACCAGCCUGUUCGUCGACACGGGCGACUCGUGGUUCAACGGCAUCCAGCUGAAGCUUCCUCCUGGCGCCAAGUUCGAGAUCGAGAUGCAAUGGGGCCACAUCGGCUGGUCGAUCCCUGCGGCCUUUGGCUACGCCUUGCGCCACCCUGACAGGCACACCAUUGUGCUGGUCGGCGACGGAUCUUUCCAAGUGACGGCCCAGGAGGUGUCGCAGAUGGUGCGCUUCAAGGUGCCCAUCACCAUUAUGCUCAUCAACAACCGCGGCUACACGAUCGAGGUCGAGAUCCACGACGGUUCCUACAACAAGAUCAAGAACUGGGACUACGCCAUGUUGGUGGAGGCCUUCAACAGCACCGACGGCCACGCAAAGGGCCUGCUGGCCAACACGGCCGGCGAGCUCGCUGACGCUAUCAAGGUGGCUGAGAGCCACAAGGAGGGUCCUACGCUGAUCGAGUGCACGAUUGAUCAGGAUGACUGCAGUAAGGAGCUCAUCACCUGGGGUCAUUACGUGGCUGCUGCGAAUGCGAGGCCUCCCCGCAACAUGUCGGUGCAGGAGUAA